AUGGACACAGAGCGAGAAGCCCUGCAGUGCACAGCCUACCCCGAGGUUCAGAGUUUCUGCCAGAAGCACGGCUUGGCGUUCGAGGCAGUUGAUCUGAGGUGGGGUAUUCCGAACACACAGGCCGCUGACUACUUGACCACAGAACUCUGCUUAGAAGAACUGGAGCGCUGUCAGAAAACGUCCAUAGGACCAGCUUUUGUGGCCCUCCUGGGUGACCAGUAUGGCCCCUGCCCUGUUCCCCAGAGGAUUGAGGAGAAGGAGUGGGAGGCACUAAGGGCUCAGCUGACCUCCAGGCCUCGAGAUCUGGAGCUGGUGACCAGACAUUUCCAGAGAGACGACAAUACCAUUCCUCCCACCUACGUCUUGCAGCCUCCAGGCACACCGGUGGUCCCAGGGCCAGAGGAGGCCACCUUAACCUCUGUCCUGAGAGGUGGAGCCCAGGAGGCCUGGAGGCUAGGCCUCAUCAGCCAGGAGCAAUGGAUGUGCUACCAACGAUCAGUCAUUGAGUGGGAGAUCGAGCGCGGCCUACUGAACUCAGCACGAGGGGACCAGGGAGCUACCGUCUUCCUUAGAGAUGUACAGGACCUCAGUAAACACAUCUUGGAUGAUUGCUCUCUGAAGAUGGUGGAUCGGCUGGCAGAUGGCUGCCUGGACACCAAUGCCCAGAGUCUUCUCAGUGGUCUUAAAGGGCGCAUACUGGAUGCUCAGCCUGGAGCCCUAAAGUCCCACCACCUGCCCUGGAGCCGCGACCUAGUCAACCCCAAGAACAAGGCUCAUGCCCGUUACCUGAAGCAAUUGAGUGAGCAGUUUGUGGCCAGGACCAACCAUCAGGUCCUGGAGCAGCUGCGAGAGCUGGAGUUGGGCAGACAGGAGCUGGGUUGGCUCUACCAAGAGAUCCGCCACCACCUCUGGCAGAGCACAGAGUCUACCAAGGUCUUCUGUGGCCACCAGGACCUCCUGGCCCAGCUUGGGCGGCGGCUCAGACAGGAUGAGAGUCGGACACAUACUCCCUUGGUUCUCUUUGGACCACCAGGCAUCGGGAAGACCACCCUCAUGUGCAAGCUAGCCCAACAGGUACCAGGGCUGCUUGGCCACAAGACAGUGGCUGUCCUGAGGCUGCUGGGGACAUCAAAGCUGAGCUUGGAUGCCCGAAGCCUCCUCAGGAGCCUGUCCUUCCAGCUUUGCUUGGCAUAUGGGCUGCCAUUGCCCCCGGCCCAGGUCCUGGAGGCUCACAGCAGGGUGGGCCACUUCUUCCACACUCUCCUCCACACUGUGUCCCAGAGGAACUUUGAGUCUCUGGUGUUGCUCCUGGACUCCGUGGACGACCUAGAUUCCAGACGCCAUUCUCCAAGGGUCCCUUGGCUGCCGCUCAAGUGUCCUCCGAGAGUGCAUCUCGUCAUCUCUACGUGCUCAGGCCAGCAGGUGUUACACAGCCUGCAGCAGACCCUCAAGGACCCCAGCGCCUACUGGGAGGUGAAGGCCCUGUCUGGAAGUCAAGGCCAGCAGUUCAUCCAGCUGCUGCUGGCUGCAGAGAGGAGGAUGCUGAGCCCAGGACAGAGAGAUGUCCUCUGGGCCAGCCUCCCUGAGUGUGGCCACCCAGGGAGGCUGAGGCUGGCCUUUGAGGAGGCCCGGAAGUGGGCCUCUUUCACUGUGCCAGUGCCUUUGGCCACUACAGCAGAGGAAGCCACACACCAGCUCUGUAUCCGCCUGGAGGAGACACAUGGGCAACUGUUGGUAGCUCAUGUCCUGGGCUAUAUUGUGUCUUCCAGGUACGGUCUCUCAGAAGCAGAGCUGAAGGAUGUGUUGUCUUUGGAUGAUGAAGUCUUGCAGGCUGUGUACCGGGACUGGACGCCACCCAGCAAAGAGCUACUGCGCUUUCCACCCUUGCUGUGGGUGCGGCUCCGCCGUGACCUGGGACACUGCCUGGUUAGGAGGCCGGUGGAUGGCUGCAUGCUACUGGCCAUUGCACACAGACAACUGUCCCAGGUGAUCCAAGUUCGAUACCUGUCUGGGCCUGAGAGAGUCAAGAGGCAUGUCGUGCUAGCUGAAUUCUUCUCUGGGGCCUGGAGCCAGGGGAUCAAGAAACUCAUCACCCUGCCGCUCGUGGGGAAGCCCUUGAACCUGGACCGAAAGGUGGCCCCACAGCCACUGUGGUUCUCAGGCACAGUGGCCAACCGGAGGAAGCUGACUGAACUGCCCUUCCAUCUGCUGCAUGCAGGCCGCUUGGAGGAGUUGAAGCAGGAGGUGCUGGGGAACAUGAGUUGGAUCUCCUGUCGGAGCAUCUCUGGGAGCAUUGAGGACCUGCUGGAUGAUUUUGACAUGUGCGCCCCUCACAUGGACUCUCCUGAGGUCGAACUGGUCAGAGAAGCCAUCCAGCUGUGCCGCCCUGCCGUGGAGCUCCGGGGCCUGGAGAAGAGUGUCCUCUACACAGAGCUCCUGGCCAGACUCCUUUUCUUUGCCACAUCACAUCCAGCAAUAAUCGGACAGCUGUGCCAACAAGCCCAGAGCUGGUUCCGUACCUGCCCCUACCCGAUGCUUGUGCCCCUGGCAGGAUUCCUGCAGCCACCUGGUGGACCUCUUCAAGCCACUCUCACUGGUUGUCACAAAGGCAUCACCACCAUAGCAUGGAGCCUGGAGGAGAAACUCCUGGUGGUGGGCACCCAGGAUGGCGCCGUGGUCGUGUGGGACGUGGAGGAACAACAGGUGGUCCAUGUUCUAAUGGGACACACAGCUGAAGUAAAGUGCGUGCGGGUGUUUGCCCAAGGGACUCUCGUCAUCUCUGCAUCAAAGGACCGCACUCUGCGACUGUGGAGUCUGCUCUCUGGCCAGGAGAAAGUCACCAUUUUGGAUGGAGGGUCACCAAAUCCCACAGAGCCCCAGAGCUGGGACCUUCAUGUGGAUGAGAUCAACAACUUUGUGUACUCCACAUCUGGUACAAAGAUCAACGUGUGGAAUCUGGAAACUUCGAAGCUGGUUUUCUGUAUCACAGGAGAUGCAUCUGAUCCCUGGGUCUGUGUGACUUUGUUGGCUGCUCAGGGUUUGCUGCUCGCCCUGUCCAAGGGCAGCCAGGUCUGUCUGUGGACCUCUGCCAUGGGAAAACUGCAGGAGAAACACCAGUUGUCCAGUAUCAAAGAAGAGACACCCACCUGUGCCGUCUCCAUCCAGACCUGGGCAAGGCUGGUUGCUGGCUUCAGCAGUGGUUCCAUCGCUCUGGUCUCCGCUGGAGAGGACACGCUGCUGGAGAAGCUCCCGGAAGCCGUACGGUUCCUGGUGGUUUCUGAAGACGAUUCCCUUCUUGCAGCAGGUUUCGGAAGAUUUGUGCGGAUUUUUUUGGCUGACUCGCAAAGCUUCCACCGGUUCAUGGCUACGGAUCUGGAACACGAGCACGAGGUGGAGACAGCAGUCUUGGGUCCUGAGAACAAUCUGAUCAUCACAGGGUCCCUGGAUUCACUUAUCCAGGUGUGGAGUCUGUCAGAACAGGGGACCCUGCUGAGUGUCCUUGAGGGCAUGGGCACCCCUGCAAGCCUGCUGGUCAGGGGUGGAACUCUGGUGGUGUCUGCAUCCCGGAAGUCUUCAUCUUUCAAGGUCUGGGAUCUGCGGUCCGCUCAGAAGCUGCGGUCUCCGACUCCAUUUCUGGACCGCACGGGCCUUGCUGCAGUGUCCCACCAUGGCAGCUACAUCUACUUCCCUAAAGUUGGGGACAAAAACAAAGUCACGAUUUGGGACUUGGCAGAAGGUGAGGAGCAAGAUUCCCUGGACACAUCCAAUGAGGUCCGCUGUCUGGAGGUAGCCGAGCAGGCUAAGCUCCUCUUCACAGGCCUGGUUUCUGGGAUUGUGCUUGUGUUCCCCCUGAAUUCCAGACAAGAUGUGUUGUGCAUACCCCCACCUGAGGCACGCAAAGCUGUCAACUGCAUGUCCCUGAGCAAGAGCGAGGGUCGGCUGGCCAUUGCCUAUGACAACAUUGUCCUGGUGCUUGAUAUCAGCCCUGGGGACCCGUGUCCUGUCAUUGAAGGCCCCACCUACACCUUUUACACCCAGCUGCCCGAGACCGUAGUGAGUGUGGCUGUCCUAGCCAACUACCGCGUGCUCUAUGGCAUGAGCGACGGCAGCCUCUUCCUGUACGACUGUGCACGGUCUAAAGUGUUCCCUCUGGAGGCCCAUGGGAGCAGGGUGAGCUGUGUGGAGGUCAGCCACGCAGAGCAGCUAGCAGUGAGCGGGGCUGAGGAUGCACUGCUGUGCCUCUGGGACCUGCAAGCUUGCAGGGGAAUGUUCGAGAUGAGCUAUGAGAGCUCCUACUGCAGAGGGGUGCGGUGUGCUUGCUUCUCAAAGGAUGACAAGCAUGUGUUUGCAGGCAUGGAGGACCACUCCAUCACCGCCUGGAGCACGCUGGACGGCACACUGCUGGCUGUUCAGUUUGUUCAUGCCACGGUCAACCGAAUCAUCCCUACCUCCAAUGGCUUCAUGGCCCCUACAAGUCAUGGCUACCUCAUCCGUGAGCGCUUCCAGUGCCCGUCAGCCAGAGCCUCCCAGCAAGACCCUCUCAAGAACUUCAAGAAGGCAGUGUGGCUGGUCAAGACCAGGCAGAGGGAAGAGCUGGCUGCGGCAGAGGCCCCCCAGGACGCAGAACCAGUGGCCAUAGAUGGAAAGGAAUCAAAAUCAAAUAAACGCUCACAGGUCUGCCUCAUACUCUGA